AUGUCGACAACGGAAGCCCUGGAGUUUGAUUGGUUUUCCAAGAAAGAAGAUGCUUGCCCCUGCAGACGUCAAUAUCGAUGGCUCGAAGAAGAGACAACUGAAGAGGACGAUGAAAGUAUUUUGUUGUGGGAAAUUAUAUACACAUGUGCUGUCUUGCUCGCCAUGUUUGUGGCUCUUAUUUCGGACAAAUUUGGUGCGGACUCCGUUAUGUUGACUGCAUUGACAGCUUUUAUGGCCGCAAGAAUCAUCACAGUCGAGGAAGGACUGGGGGGAUUUGCAAAUGAGGGUUUAAUGACGGUGUUGACCUUGUUUGUGGUGGCAGAUGGUAUAUCCAAGACAGGUGCCUUGGAUUGGUACAUGGGGAAGUUACUAGGGCGGCCGACCACGGCAGCAUCAGCACAAUUGAGAUUGAUGAUACCCGUUGCAUUAGUUUCUGCGUUCCUAAACAACACUCCAGUUGUGGCUGUCAUGAUCCCAAUUGUGCAGCGCUGGGCAAAGAACGUUCGUAUUUCGGCACAACAACUAUUGAUUCCGCUAUCGUUUGCAAGUAUAUUGGGAGGGACCUGCACGCUAAUAGGGACAAGUACUAAUCUUGUGGUUGCAGAGCUUUUAUCUACACGGUAUGAUGAUCCGGAUUUAAAGAUUGGGUUGUUCGAUUUAGGCUAUUAUGGUGUCCCCGUCGCACUGGCCGGGAUUUGUUACAUUCUAGUAGCAUCUCGUUGGCUGCUUCCUGGUGGAUCAGGCAGUUCAAACCGUGGUUCGACCAUCCCACUUGAUAGCCAAGAGGAAAUUCUAUUGGGCGCAAGACUUAGUCCUUGGUCUCCCGCUUGCUCUCGUUCUGUAAAGAGAUCAGGGUUAAGAGAUACAGGGGGCAUCUAUUUGACGAGUGUUCACCGUGCGGCUACAGGAAACAUCCACCGUGCUGUAGGACAAGAUUUUGUUCUGAACGUGGGAGAUAUUCUAUAUUUUACUGGCCUAGUGGAAGGCUUUGGACAGUUCUGUGAAGAACAUGGAAUGGAGGUAUUGACCAGCGAUAUACAGCCUGACAAUAAAAAGCGCAGUAGUUUCAUUUCGAUCGAUACGACUAAAAGCGGACACAAAAAGAAGAAGUCUACCUAUUCUUCCGCAAUCCAAAAUCUUGGUGGUAGUGGCUCACAGCUACAAGUAGUUGCUGAAGACAUUGCUGAAUCGGGUGACAUUCCAGUUGAGGUUGGCGUCUCUGCAAAGUCUUUGAUGCAAGCUGAUGAAGCCGAACGAAAACAGAGCAUUACCAGGAUGAUUGACAAAGUUCGUGGAUUGGAGCGGGACGAGCCAACUGCAGAGGAGCAGCUAUUUCUUGAUAAGAUUGGAUCCCGAAGACAGCUUCCUAGAAAGGGUCCUCAUAAAGUGGUCGUGACAUCUGAAAAUGAGCUAGUAGUGAUAGGUAUUGACGCUAAUGAUCGACCUGGUCUUUUGUUGGACAUCUCGAAAGGCCUGUUGCGCCUGAACUUGAGUUUUAGACACACAGAAGCCUCGGUGGUACAUCAAAGAUCGAUUUCAAUUUGGCGAUGUGAACAUCUCGAGACACAGAUUCCAGACUUGGAAGAGAUAUGGUCUGUUCUCAAUGCACUUCUGGAAAACGACGGGAAUCAAGCUGUAAAGAAACGUGGACUACGUGUGAUUCGAGCGGCAGUUACAAAGUCGUCUUCUCUUAUUGGGAAGAAAGUCUUUGAAGUAGAUUUCCGAAACGUCUACAAAGCAGCUAUCGUUGCAGUCCAGAAAGGUGGCAGAAACGUUGCUGUCUCGAGCGUUGUAUUUCAACGGGGCGACGUGAUCGUACUCCAAGCAAACGAUGACUCGCCUUUGUUAAAAUCUCCUCCCUCUGAUUUCUACAAACGCCCAGCAGAUUCGAACAAGGAGGGUGAGCGUCAAGGAAUCACACCCGUAUCGUCCCUUAUAAACAUGGUUUCAAAGACAAUUGGGAGUUCCUCAAGUCAGCAGAAGCUACGACCGGGAACAAGUGGGGAUCUCGAGUCACUAAAAUCAGGUACCGAUGCACGAUCAGCUGAAGGUGAAGAUUCUUUCUUUUUUGCAGACCUAGCCGCUGAUACUCCUAUCACAAAUGAUGAUCGCAGAUCGGAAAUCAUUGACAUGACGAACUCAAUAAAUGCGAUCAAGGAGGAAGAGCGCAUUUGGAAUGAUCUUCGAGUGCUUAUCAUGGAUGAACAAAACAGGGAGGACAAUGUGAAUUCGAGAGAGUUUCUCACUGCCAUGGAAGUUGCUCCGAAAUCUAGACUAGCUGGUCGCGCUGUUACUGAAUCUGGUUUGGACAAGCUGUCUGGAGUGUUUCUUGUCAGCAUUGAUCGCCCCAAACCACAAUCGGAGCGGGAUGUCGCUACGACCCAAGUUUUGGCCUCAAUAGCUGAAGCAAGCGAUGGGAAGUCAGAUGUAGACGAUACUAGUAUAUCAAUACAGUCCAUCGAACCUGGUGUAACAGCAAUAUCCACCGGAACGCCUUUGAUGGAGGGAGACGUUCUUUGGUUUGCAGGUUCUGCGUCAUCAUUGGGGGAUCUUCGAAAGAUUCCCGGUCUUGUUUCAUACGAAAGUGAGGAGGUGGAAAAGAUGAACGAAAAAAUUCACGAUCGCCGUUUGGUUGAAGCUGUCGUUGCUCGAAGAGGGCCGCUCGUUGGAAAAUCAGUUAAGAGCAUUCGAUUCCGAACAAGAUACGGUGCCGCUGUUAUCGCUGUCCAUAGAGAUGGUAAUCGAGUUCAAGAGCAUCCUGGAAAAAUCAAGCUUCAAGCUGGUGACGUGCUACUUCUAGAGGCUGGUCCAACAUUCAUCAAGAAUAGUAUGGAUCAGGAUCGAUCGUUUGCUCUAUUGGCUGAAGUAAAGGACUCUGCACCUCCACGGCUUCGUCUCUUGAUUCCAGCACUGACAAUUGCUGUGGCAAUGCUUGCUGUCUUCACCGCCGAUAUUGGUACAUCGCUUUUUGUUUGUGCUCUUGUCGCUUCAAUAUUGAUGGUAGCGCUUGGGAUCUUGAGCGAGCAAGAAGCAAGAGACGCUGUCAAUUGGGAGGUAUACAUCACCAUUGCAUCAGCUUUUGGAAUCGGCACAGCACUAGUGAACUCAGGAGUUGCGGCUAGCAUUGCUAACUUUUUGGUUGAUGUUGGGAAUGCAAUUGGCAUCGGAGAGGCUGGUUUGCUAGGUGCCGUCUACUUUGCAACAUUCUUGAUCAGUAAUGUAGUUACAAACAAUGCUGCGGCUGCUCUUCUAUUCCCAAUUGCACUCGAUGCUGCAGAUCAAACUGGAAUAGAUAGAAUUAUCAUGAGCUACUGUCUGAUGCUUGGCGCGUCGGCAAGUUUCAUGUCACCAUUCGGAUACACAACCAAUCUUCUGAUUUAUGGACCUGGUGGCUACAAAUACAAGGAUUUCUUAGUGAUUGGAACUCCCAUGCAGAUUGUACUUUGGAUACUGUCUACCAUCCUACUUUCGAGCAUGAAUGAAACGACAUGGUGGAUGUACUGGGCAGGAAUGUUCUUGCUGCUUAUGUUUAUCGUACUAUCACGGAUGAUUAACCUACCAAGGUUACUCCCAAAGUGGCAAUCGUCAUCUGGGGAGCCAAAUACAUCAUCUCCUUCACGGUCUACAGAAGAGGAAGUCAUGGCCGCGUAG